UCUGCGGCCUCUGCCCGCCUCGCCCCCGCCCGGGCCUCCUCCCGCUUUCUCUCUCCGCUUCCCCUCGAACCUCCGGAGGAGCCCGCAGCCGCGGGGCGCCCGGGAAGAUGGCGGCGGCGGGAGGCGGUAGCGGCAAGGGGGGCGCGGGCCUGGGAGGCGCGCCGGGGCCAGGGUCGCGGCCGCGCGGGCCGAGCCCCUCCGCCCGCGCGAGCGAGGACGCCCGGGGCCCCGCGCCCAGCGCGCUGCACCCCGAGGAGGUCGCCGCGCGGCUGCAGCGGAUGCACCGGGAGCUGAGCAACCGCAGGAAAAUCCUGGUGAAAAACCUGCCCCAGGACAGCAACUGCCAGGAAGUUCAUGAUUUAUUACAAGACUACGAGUUAAAGUAUUGUUAUGUGGACAGAAAUAAGCGAACAGCUUUUGUUACCUUACUGAACGGGGAGCAAGCCCAGAAUGCAAUUCGGAUGUUUCAUCAAUAUUCUUUUCGAGGAAAGGACUUAAUUGUUCAGCUCCAGCCAACAGAUGCUUUGCUGUGUAUUACCAACUUGCCCAUUUCUUUUACAUUAGAAGAAUUUGAAGAACUUGUUCGUGCUUAUGGAAAUAUCGAGAGAUGUUUUCUAGUAUACAGUGAAGUUACUGGCCAUUCCAAAGGCUAUGGAUUUGUGGAAUACAUGAAAAAGGACUUCGCUGCAAAGGCUAGAUUGGAGUUAUUGGGUAAACAGUUGGGAACUUCAGCUCUGUUUGCACAAUGGAUGGAUGUUAAUCUAUUGGCCCCAGAGCUCAUUCAUUCUAAGUGCCUUUGUAUAGAUAAACUCCCUAGUGACUACAGGGAUUCAGAAGAGCUGUUGCAAUUUUUUUCCAAUAUACAUAAACCCAUGUUUUGCCAGCUUGCACAGGAUGAAGGUAGUUAUGUUGGUGGCUUUGCAGUGGUUGAAUAUAACACUGCGGAGCACGCCGAAGAGGUUCAGCAAGUAGCGGAUGGCAUGACCAUCAAGGGAAGCAAAGUUCAAGUUUCCUUCUGUGCUCCGGGAGCGCCAGGGCGAAGUACGUUAGCAGCAUUGAUAGCAGCUCAACGUGUGAUGCACAGUAAUCAAAAAGGCUUACUUCCAGAGCCAAAUCCUGUACAAAUUAUGAAAAGUUUAAACAAUCCUGCCAUGUUACAAGUUCUUCUACAGCCCCAGCUCUGUGGGCGAGCUGUUAAACCAGCAGUUCUCGGAACACCUCACAGCUUGCCCCAUCUGAUGAACCCAUCCAUCUCCUCCGCGUUUUUGCAUUUGAAUAAAGCACAUCAGAGCACAGUUCCGGGUAAUACUUCCAGUUUAUUCCUUCAGAAUCUUUCUCAUGUACCCCUGGCACCGCAACAGUUACUGAAGUUUGAGAAUAUUCCUACUAAUAACAAACCCGGCUUACUUGGAGAUCCCCCGGCCGUGGUACUUCAAACUGCAGUAGGGAUAGGGUCAGCGCUUCCUUUGAAAACAGAGUUGGGUCAUCAUGGAGAAGCACAUAAAACAUCUAAUCUGAUUCCAACUCCAACAACGAUAACAGCUGGAAUGGGCAUAUUACCAUUCUUUCCAAAUCAGCACAUUGCUGGACAAGCUGGGCCAGGACAUGGGAAUACUCAGGAGAAACAGCCAGCCUCGGCGGGGAAGGCAGAAGGAAAUUUCUCAGGGUCACAGGCUUAUCUUCAGAGCUUUCCAAACCUUACUGCUGGAGGCUUGCUGACGGGACACCAUAAACCACAGCAAAGUCAGCCAAGAGGCACGGAGAUAAGCUCAGGGGUGGCCUCUAAGAAUCAGACUUCACUAUUGGGAGAACCACCAAAAGAAAUACGGCUCAGUAAGAAUCCAUACCUGAACCUGGCAAGUGUGUUGCCCAGUGUGUGCUUAUCAUCCCCUGCAAGUAAAACCGCUCUGCAGAAGACUGGAAUUGCAAGCAAUAUUCUGGAUGCAAUCUCUCAGGGAAAUGAAUCACAACACACAUUGGAAAAGUGCAUUUCUUAUUCUCAACCUUUUGGUGAUUAUGCACAGGUAUCCUCUUUGAGAAAUGAAAAGCGAGGCUCAUCAUAUCUCAUCUCUGCCCCAGAAGGUGGUUCUGUGGAAUUUGUUGACCAGCAUUCUCAGGGCACAGGAGCAUAUUACAUGGAAACCUACUUAAAAAAGAAGCGCGUAUACUGAGUUAAGUUCUCUUCUCAUAACCUCAUAAGGUUUUUGCAGUAUCUCUGCUGUUCAUCGCUGCCUUAACUACAUUCAGACUAGCCAUAUCCUUUAAAUACGGGUUUCUAAUUUCCCAGAAGGAACUGUAUCGUGCAGCAAGCAGAAUUGCCAAAUAAAAAAUAAGUAGCAAUAAGAUAAGACAAUGGAGGACAUUUUCCAUUACAAUUAGAUGCAUCUUAAUUGGUAUUAACUUAUAGUCCAUUGGAGAAAGUAACAAUGUUCCAAUAUUCCUUGUUUAGGACUGGGAAUAAUUUUGACACCAUAUAUAAAAGUAUGAAGCAAUAAAUGGGAAACGGUCUUGUUUCCUGAGCCUUAGAAGAAUGAAUUUCUUAUAUGCCAAUGUGCAUUUCAAUCUACUUUCCCUAGAAGUAAUCUCAUUUGUAGAUUUUUAGACCUUUUCCUAGAACUACAAGAGUGCAAGUACAAAAUGCAGUGCUGGUAGUGUUAAAAAGAUGCUCUACAUGCAAACUAAUUACCCUACAUCAGCCCUGCAAUAUAAAACCCAGAGUGACAGUGAUGUCCAAGUUCUACACAACUACAGAUGCUUUACUUUUAAUGUUCUUUACCUACCAUUUAUACCUUUUGUGAGAAACGAGCUAUUUUUGAAAAAAAAAAAAAAAAAAAAGUAGCUUUGGUGAAAUAAUUUCAGGGGUUGGCAGACUACACCCUGGGGUCAAGUUCAGUCCUCCACCUGUUUUUAUACUGUCUGCAAGCUAAGACUGAGGUUUACAUUUUUAAAUGAAGUAGAACAGAUUUGAAUUAAGUCCUGUGAAAUUCAAAUUUCAGUGUCCAUAUAUGAAAUUUUAUUGGAACACAAACAUGCUCAUUCAUUUACAUACUAUUAGAGCUACUUGUG